UGUCUGGCAUCUGGGCAGGAACACGGGGGUGGCUUUCUUCCAGACAGAGGUGCUCGCAACAGUCAUAGUUCCUUUGCCAGACCUCCCUGAUGCAGGGCUGACUGGCAGCCAUUGCUGUUUGCUCCACCCUGGAGAGUCCCUGAGAACCCACCCUACCUAAUUUACAACCCCACACAAGCUACGCACAGUGGCUUUUGCAGAUGAAUGGCCUGUCCUUUCUCAGCCUAAAACCUGUCAAACAAGCUGCAGCUGGGUCAGGGAGCCCCAAAGCUAUCAAAAGAAGGCCCAAGCAUGAGAGGUUUCUUGCAGGAAGGGGACCUCAUCAGUGCUGAGGUGCAGGCAGUGUUCUCUGGCGGAGCUGUUUCCCUGCACAUGAGGAGCCUGAAAUACGGAAAGCUAGGUCAGGGUGUUUUGGUCCAGGUUUCCCCCACCCUGGUGAAGCGGCAGAAGACUCACUUCCAUGACUUGCCUUGUGGUGCCUCAGUGAUUCUGGGUAACAAUGGCUUCAUCUGGAUCUACCCUACACCUGAGCACAAAGAAGAGGAUGCAGGGGGCUUUGUUGCAAACCUGGAGCCUAUCUCCCUUACCGAUCGAGAGGUGAUCUCCCGGCUUCGGAACUGUAUUGUCUCGCUGGUAACUCAGAGGAUGAUGCUGUAUGAUACCAGCAUCCUGUAUUGCUAUGAGGCAUCCCUUCCACAUCAGAUUAAAGACAUCUUAAAGCCAGAAAUAAUGGAAGAAAUUGUGAUGGAAACGUGUCAGAGACUUUUAGAACAGGAGGGCUAGGCAGAAGUGUCUGAAGGACAGGACUGUGCCUGACAGAGCAGCUCUUGAAAGUGAAGAAUCUGAGUUGUAGUUCCGUGUGUGGCUCCGAAA